UCCCGCUCUUUUUCUCCACUCCAAAAAUAAAAAAAAAACAGAGAAAAUCUCUCUCAAUUUGUUUAUUAUCGUAUAUUAUACUACAGUACUAUUUCUGUUCUCCAUCUUUUUGUUUCAAUUAAUUUUUAUAUCAGAAAGAAAUGCAAGAACAACCAACGAGUUCAAUUGCAGCUAGUUCUUUGCCUUCAAGUAGUGAAAGAUCUUCGAGCUCUGCUCUUCAAGUUGAAGUCAAAGAAGGUAUGGAAAGCGAUGAAGAGAUUCGGAGAGUGCCUGAGAUAGGUGGGGAAGCGUCUGCAGUUCCAGCUGCCGGUCGAGAAGCGGGUUCUGUGGCCGGUCCGGACCGGGUUCAGCCGCUGGGGGAGGGUGGCCAGAGAAAGAGAGGGAGGAGCCCAGCGGACAAAGAAAACAAGCGCCUAAAGAGGUUGUUGAGGAACAGAGUUUCGGCACAACAAGCAAGGGAGAGGAAAAAGGCAUAUUUGAAUGAGCUGGAGACCAGAGUUAAAGACUUGGAGAAGAGAAACACUGAGCUUGAAGAGAGGCUGUCCACAUUGCAGAAUGAGAAUCAUAUGCUUAGACAAAUAGUGAAGAACACGACAGCGAGCAGGAGAGGAGGCAAUGGCAGUUCAAAUGCAGCAGCAGAUGGAGCGCUUUGAGGAAUGACUUGAGUAUACAAUUGAUGGGAAUUGAAACAAAAAAAAAAAGAACUUAUGUAAAGAGACUUGUAUUACCGAUGCAAUGAAGCAGCAUGACUAUAGAACUUUGGCAAAUCUGAAAUCCUAGAUUAUGAUUGGGGCGACCACCGACACUUUUACCAUCUAACGAAUGUUUUAAAUUUAGA